CCAUAGAUGUUGUAAGGAGGUAUAGGUAUCGUUUAAGAUAAUCAAGUUUUUUUUAUUAUUGUUAUAAUAAGCUUCACGCAAUAAAUAAUAAGCCCAGAAGGCGACUGCUUUGACAGCUGAACUCGUGUGAGCUGGACUGUUCAUUAACGAUCUUUAACUUUCAGUUGGAGAAGUGACUUAAGCAAAAACACAUCCACUCACACAUAGACACACACACUCACGCACACGCUUAUAGUACAAGCACCUUGCAUUGUGUCAUGAGCAGAGUAUAAUCACAGACGUGCUAACACUAAGCUCAAGGCAUCGAAUUACAAUGAACAGUUAUAAACCAACAAACACAAACAAUCUAAACUCACUCAUUUAAAUAUAUUUAUGAAAGCCCACUUUUUGGUCUGAAGGUAAAAAAAAAAAAAAUAGAAAGAGAGAAAAAAGGAAAAUUCUUAGAGUUGUCGAGAUUCUCAGUUUGUAACGGAUUAUAACAAGAAAGUGACAAGUCGCACCAGAAGCUGAAAUAUUCUUUUGUUUUCAAAACGAUUCUCAUUUCUGCAGUUGUUUAGAGGCUCACCACUACAAAUAUGUUUUCAGCUACCAUUUCUAAAAUUGUGAAUGAACUCGGAAGGGACACUCUUCAUGCCACUCCGAGUAUCGACGAAGCACAGAAAAUUAAGUUGUACAAUAUUGUUAUCAAACAUAAAAAGAAACAUUUCUGGCAGGCCGACUACCGACUCGAACCCCUGGCCUCCAGCAUUGAAACUCUUUUGAAAACUUCAGACAGCAAAUCUCCAGAUACUCUGCAGUCAAUUACCAGGAAGAGGGAGCUUGGUGAUUACACUUUCCAAGUGUCCACCAAUGCGAAGGGUCUCCUUGGUGUGGAACUCUGCGCAAAUGGUGUUGAUAUUGAUGGGAAUGAUACGUCUACAAGAAGCAUAAACACGGCCAAACUGGAGAAGGUUUACGUUACGGAGUAUGAACUGGAGAAAGCCUUACACAAAAGGUAUAUAGACUUUGACAAUUGCAUUGUAAAGCGAAUGAAGAAGAAAUCUCAUGAAGUUCUUUGUGUCAUAACGGGUGUAGUCUACCCUGUGUCGGAUUUGAAAAUUGCCAAACAAAGCACUCUGUCAGAGGAUGGUAAAAUCAAAACCAAUGUGAAAAAGGAGAUUGUCGAUAUUGAUGUUGAAGAAAAAGGGUCAAAGAAGAACUCUGAAACUCUGGAUAUUGUUGCCAAAACAAAUUUGGCCUACAAUGUCGUUGAGUUGAAAAUCCAUCCUGAUGGCACUAUUGGAGUUUGUAUGACCGAGAAUGACAAAGGUGGCUUUGAUGUGGUUGACUUGUGCAGUAAAGGCUCCGAGAAAACUCUUUUCUACCCUCCUGAAGAAGUUGCUGCAGGCAAAAACAAGAAGGAGCUAACAGAUUCUUUGGUUGACUGCAUUCGAUAUUCUGCUCUGUUUGAGUGGCUUGUGCACUGGCUUCAUGUCAUCCAUUCUCAUGAAGAUGAAAAGCUGCCAUGGGAUGAUAAAUUCUGGUCAUUCAUUGGAGAUGAUGGCUUUAACGCGGCCUCAAGGUUUUUCAAAUUAAUUAAUGUAAACUUUAAAUAUGGUGAGGAAACUAGCGUUGAUGGUCUUGAUCAACACAUGCUUGGAUGUGCCCUCUAUUACCUGGAGCUGAUGUCAUUUCUUUCCAAUGAUGAAAUUGCUGCAAUCACAGAUUGUUCUAGCACUCGCCAUGUUGUCUCAUCUUUCCUGAAAGUGUUCAGUUGCAGUCUAAUGAAGAAAGAUAUUGGUAAAGAUAUUGUGGUGCCUCUGUUGGAAUACGAUUGGGCUUUGAAACUUCUCUUCUGCCUUGGCUACGAUCUAAAGAACGUGAAGAAAGAUUCUACCAUUAAAUCACCCAAAGAAAGUUUCAAAGCUAUUGAAGCUGUUGGUAAAAUUCUUUAUGGUCUCUUUAUCUUACCCUUGGAGGUAAAUAAAUAAAACCAAGAUUAAUACAGGGGGUUGGAAGGAAUUAACUGCAAUUAACAAAAAAGCCAACCAAUAAAACCUACCCCCUUCUUGAAGCAUUUGAAAUGAUAAUGAGGAAUAUUUGAAGAAACACUGCCAAUAGAGUCUAGGCCCCAAAAUAUAAAGAAUUUAAAAAAAAAAGGGAAAGAAAAGAGUGAGAAAAGAAGGAAAAGAGUAAAACUUCAUUUUCUCCUUGUUA